AAAAAUGAUAUUCUCCAGGGAAACACCGUGAACCUAUCGACGCUGUGACGAUGAUGACAGUGUCGCAGCAGUUGAAAUCCCUGAAGACGUCCCUGGUGGAUCACGUCACAACGAGAUUAACCACGCAAGAAGAUGGACGCUACCUUCGCCACUCCAACGACAAUAGACGUCAUCGAAAGAGGGAUCGUGGUGACAGCCGCUAUUAUACUCUUAGCGAUCUUGUAGCGCGUCGGUUGUGGAUGCCAACUAUCGGCACUCCUCGUCCAUAUGUACAGAUGUCGGACUAUAUUUGGGACGUUGAGCUGCGAUUACUUCACUGGCCCAGUUGGCCGUUGAUCGGACCCCGUAACAUAUUUUUAGUUUAGGUCGUGAGCACCUCUCUAACGCGGACCGGUGAUGACGAGCACCUCGCCGCGCUCGAAAAUUCACUCUCUUCACUUUUUCGCCUCUUCGUACACACGAAGACA